GAAAAUCAACAAAAUUGAUUCGACUGCUAUUGGCACAUGGUGUUAUAUUUAAUUUUUUUAACUAAUUAAUUACAGAUAUUAAUCAUUAUAAGAAAGACGUUAAAACAUGUCUAAUUUACUAGAAGUUCUGGUGACUAGUGACUCCAACAAUACUAUGUGGACAUGCUGUGUUUGGGAUCCUCAUAAUGGCACAAGUCUGAUGACUUAUAAAGGUGGUGGAACGGCUGAAUUGAAGACACUUUCAUUUAUCGGCAAUGAUUACCUUGUUGCUGUUGAGAAAGCUAAACCCAUUCUCCACGUUUGGCCUUUGAAUUCGCAUCAAACUGUGCAAGGCAUGCGUUUCGUUUUGCCGGGUAAAGCUAAUGCUUUUUCUAUAACGAAAGAUGGAUCAUUCUGUGCUGCGGGAAUCGAUGAGAAGAUUUAUCUUUGGCAGAUGGCGUCUGGUAACUUAUUAACAAUCUUAAAUCGACAUUACCAGAAGGUGAAUUUGAUAAAGUUUACAAGUUGCGGGCGGUAUUUUGUUUCCGCCGCUGAAGAUGGAAUGGUUAUGGUGUGGUCGUUGGCUGCAAUCGCCACACAUCCUGAAGUUGAGCUAGUUAACCAAGCUCGUGCUGGUCAACAUGACCCAGUUUAUAUAAUCUCAGAUCAUUCUUUGCCUGUUACAGAUUUAUGUAUUAGUAAAAUGGGCAUAUUAGGCCGACUAUACACAGUUUCUAGUGAUAGAACUUGCAAAAUAUAUGACCUAACUACAGGAGAAUUAUUAUUGAACUUAGUUUUUGAUAUUCCAUUAUCUAGUAUUGAACUAGAUGUGUUAGAGCUAAAUGUGUUUGUAGGGACUAUGAAAGGUGAUAUUUAUCAAUUUAGUCUUACAAAUCCAGUUAGAAAUAAAGAAUUGCUGAUGUCUGAAGAAAAUAGUCAUAUUUUUACAUGUCAUACAGAUGCUAUAACAAGUUUAUCUGUUUCUCUUGAUGGUGAAACAUUAAUGUCAGCAUCAAAUGACAAACAACUAGUUUUAUGGCAUAUAAGAAGUAGACAGCCUAUAAGAACAAUAAUGCAUAAAGGGCAAAUAACAAAUGCUUUCUUUACCCUAAACCGCCCAGCUAUAUAUACACAAGAUUUUAAGCCUAAAGUUAUAUUACAUAGUUUAGAACGGACAUUAGAAAGAGACAAUGAGGAAAUUACAGAAUUGGAAAUUUUGAUUGACAAAAAAAUCAAUUUCUGGCCUGAAAAUAAAGAUAUAAAGUUGGAAAUUGAAAAACCUUCAAAGGAGACAGGAAUUGAACAUAACAAACAAGAGAAGUCACUUAAAAGUGAAUUAAACAAGCUUAAGUGGAUUAAUGAGAGUCUGUAUGCUUAUGCCGUUAACAAUGCAUUGAAUACUACAGUUAAAACUAAUGUUCAGAAACCUAAAGCUAACACAAAAAACAAGCGGAAGACAUUUAGCUCUUAAAUUUUAAUUAUCAUUAACGAAAUGUUUUAUUUGUUGCUUCAAAUUAUAAAUAUGCAGGAUUUAUGUGCAGUGGUCCUUUUAUAUUUUCAACAGCAGUACUGAACUCAAUAUAAUGAUGGAUUGAU